AGAUUAUUGGAAGAUGCGACAACUGGAGCUACAGUUGUUCGGUCAAUCACGAGGGCAGUAUACGUUCCAUCCCUGAGGUGCACAUUUGUUCGAAUCGUUUCGGAAUAUAUUCACUCCCUUGUAUUAACAUGUGAUUGAGUGAUUCCAUUACGGUGUUGAACGAAAAAUCGGUGAAAUUCUGUAACGAUGCUCGUGGGCAUAAGGAUUCAGACAAAAAUGACGACUUUCGUCAUCUCCGUCGCGGUCAUAGUGAUGGCCAUGACACCUGGAAUUAUGGGCAAUGACAGAGAUAUCUUAGAGGGUACCAUGCCCGCCUACACAAUCGCCAAAAAUGCCCAUUUACUCCCAGCUUCCAGCAGAUGCCGAUCCCAAUUGGAACAACUGGGAGAAGGUGUUGAUAAUCGCAAGUUGUGGAGUUUGCGAAUGUUGGAUGCCAGUGGAGCGCCGAACCCCGGUUUCGUUUACGGAAAUAAUUUUUGGGUGGGCUCAAAAACUCAGUGCCUCGAUACGGCCAACCCUGAACCAGUAGUACUGAACCCUAGAUACAUGGAAAAUAUUACCUUGUACAGAAAUCCCGAGGAGGAAGUUCCACCUUAUCCAGUUAAUUAUUUCGCCGUCCAGUUAAGUCAUAACAGUACCGUGCAGUACCAGAACAGGCUAUUAGAUGAGGAAAUCAUGGUGUUGGGGCUAUGUUUACCUGACAUUUGUCGUAGCGACCAAUUAGGCAUGAUCCUGGAGAAGAUUUUUAACGAAAGAAAAUUAAUAGUCGGUAGUCUAUACAGCAUGGACUUCACUCUCAUGGCUGUUAAUGAUCUCAAAGGCGACUUAACGCACCCGAGCUGGCGAGUCGUUGUAAUAGGAGUUAUAGUACUCAUCACGCUGUUGAUGGUAAUUGUUGGUACUUGUUAUGAUCUUCGUGUGCAUCAGAAGCGACUUGAGAGGAAUAAAUUAGACGUUUCUGGGCCCAAAUUGAAUGUGGAAAAUGGUGGCCCUUCUAAUCCACCUCCUCCUGUCAGUAAGCCUAGUGUAGUUGGAGCAAUUUUUCUGUCUUUCUCGGCUUACUCAAACACAAAAUUCAUCUUCAAUGUAUCCCAUAGACGCUCAAUGCCGUGUCUAGAUGGGCUCAGAUUUCUUAGUAUGGCAUGGGUCCUAAUAGUCCACACAGUAUUAUACGCCUUUAAAGUGAUUGACAACGGCAGAUGGCAAUACAGACUGGGCAUGGACUUUGUCUCACAGAUAAUUAGUAAUGGAUCUUUGUCUGUGGACACAUUUUUCUUCCUGAGUGGGUAUUUGGUCACUUACGUUUUUUUGAGGACCAACGAGCCAAACGAUGACAAACCACCGAAGGGUUUCCGAUUGACAGAGGUGAUCGAGACUGUCAUAAAACGAUUCAUCAGACUCACACCCCCCUACCUGAUGGUCAUCGGUUUCGCAGAAUGGGCUGGUACCUACUUCAGUCGAAGAUCUCCAUUUCAAACAUAUGAUAGGCUCGAAAAACAGUGUUCGGAGGGUUGGUGGGCCAAUCUACUCUACAUCAAUAGCAUUCCACCAUUUUCCGAGGCGCCAUGUCUCAGCUGGAGUUGGUACCUGUCAGAUGACAUGCAAUUUUUCAUAAUCGGAACAAUUCUGUUACUCCUCUCCAGAAAGUAUCUGUACACCUCCCUGGGGAUUUCCGUUAUCAUCCUCCUGUCGUCAUUCGCCAUCACGGGAUAUACCGUCUACACCACUGACUACGUCCCCACUAUAGAAAUACUGUUCCAUUCUAUAUCCGAGGUAUACGUACCCCCAUGGACACGGAUAGGACCUUACAUAGUGGGAUUGGUCACCUGCUACAUAGUCAUGAAAAUGAAGAACAAGGUCAACCUUAACAAGAAAACCGUCUGGUUGUUAUGGAUAAUUGGUCUUGCUUGCAACAUCGUCGGCGUCUUCGGAUUAUACUACAGAAAAUUCUACUUCACUCCCAUCCCAGCAGUCGUUUUCGUCGCCCUCUUUCGAACGGUCUGGUCUAUCGGUAUUGCAUGGAUUGUCUUCGCGUGUGUGAAUAAUUACGGCGGAAUUAUUAAUUCACUGCUAUCCCUCAAAGCGUGGCUACCAGGAAGUAAACUGACGUAUUGUGCUUAUCUCCUCAAUCCCCUGAUCAUCCAGAGUUACUUUUUGAUCGGUGAAGUAACUCUUCAUGUUGACUUCAUACCAAAUCUGGUUCUCUUCUUGGGCUUUACAGGCACUGUUUUCAUCUUGUCAUACAUUCAUUCACUGCUGUUUGAAAUGCCCUAUAUGAGCCUACUAAAAAUUUAUUACAUGGCAAAGAGGAAAACUUGAUGUACCUGAAAAUGUAUUGAAAAUUUCAAUGAGAUGUA